AUGACACGACCCGACACACCACCGGCGGACUACCCGUCCCCGCUCCUCCGCGCUAGCGAUGCAUCAGCAUCUCGACCUCUGAUCAAAUCAUUUGGAGGUUCAUGCGGCAAGCCCGUCUUUGCCGGCAGCGUUGAUGAGCAAUUGAAGGAUGUGCUCAAUCGCAUCGAUAUCGACGAAUGCGAAGCGAACGGCGAAAAUGCUUUCUUCGUUGCAGAUCUCGCCGAAGUCUACAGGCAGCACAUUCGAUGGCAGCGGGCGCUGCCUCGCGUCAUCCCGUUCUACGCCGUCAAGUGCAACCCCGACCCUUACGUUCUGCGUCUUCUCGCCGCGCUCGGCACUGGCUUCGACUGCGCUUCCAACGGCGAGAUUCAAAAUGUGCUCGAUCUGGGCGUGUCGCCGUCACGCAUCAUCUACGCCAACCCCUGCAAAGCGGCCUCUUUUGUCCGCAACGCUCGUGAUCAGGGCAUUUCCCUCACGACGUUUGACAAUACCGACGAGCUUGUCAAGAUGAAGCGCUUCCACCCACAAUGCAAGCUCGUCGUCCGCAUCCUCACCGACGACAGCAAGAGCGUCUGCCAGCUGGGCCUCAAAUUUGGCGCCCCCCUCGACAACGUCCCGCGCUUGUUGGCAAAAGCACGAGAGCUUGAAUUGGACGUCGUCGGCGUGAGCUUCCACGUCGGUUCUGGUUGCUACGACCCGCUUGCCUUCAAAGAUGCUGUUCACCGUGCUCGCCAGGCAUUCGACAUGGGCGCGAAGGCUGGCUACCAGUUCGAUCUCCUUGACCUCGGAGGCGGCUAUGCGCAUGACAAUUUCGAUCGCAUUGCGAGCGUACUCGGCCCUGCUAUCGACGAAUACUUUCCAGAUCGCGAUUUUGCACCUGGUGGUCGCCUUGUCGACCGUACUCGACACGGCCUUCGCAUCAUUGCGGAGCCUGGGCGGUACUACGUCCAAAAGGCUUUCGUCCUUGCAGCGAACAUUAUCGCUCGCAGAGAGACUGCUCCUCCGCCAAGUGAAGCGGCCGAAGAUGUCAAGCCUGCCGUCAUGUACUACCAAAAUGACGGCAUGUACGGCGCCUUCAACUGCAUCUUGUUCGACCACGCCACGGUGCAUCCAAAGGUGCUAACGAUGCAGCAAAGGUACGCGUACGAGCCCGCUGUCGACGCUCCUGGUGUGGCUGAUUUACCGCACUCGGCGAGCGAAGAGGAACGACAAAGAUGGACGCUGCAACCGUGCAGCGUUUGGGGACCUACCUGCGACUCGAUCGACUGUGUCAGGUCCAUCGCGCACCUUCCCAAGGGACUCGAAGUGGGCGACUGGCUCGUCUACGAAGAGAUGGGCGCUUACACCAUCUGCGCCGCUUCUUCGUUCAACGGCUUGCGCCAAUCCGAAGUGCGAUACACGGUCGGAUGGGGUCCGGAUGCGGACAGGGUGCAGCAGCUAUUGCUCGAUAGCGCCCAAUCGCUCUGA